UCAAAAGCGGCUCGUCCACUUGGCAUUUCGACCAAAACUCUGGAGGGAAAAUGACUGCCCAAAGCAGUAGUUGGUGGAUCAGCUACUUCCUAGUGGUGGGAUUAGUUUGCCAAUAUUACUUCAUAUUCAAAAGUCUCGGCUCCUUGCGAGUCGAGUUGCUGAAAAUGAAGCCCUCUCUGGAGACGACGCAACUCAGCAUUCAGGAAUUGGAGGCAAAGUCGGUCGAACCGAUGCAGAAAUUGCAGCAAUUGCUCCAACGAGUGGAAGUCGUCGAGAAAAGGAGCGUCGAGAAUGAAAAAAAGCUGAACGAAUUCAAAAAUUCGGUUGCAGAAAUGGUCAAAAAGCUCAACACAUCCAUCGUUAACAAUACGAAACCAGGAAUCGCAGUCGCAGGUCAACCUGCAAACGCAACAACUCCAAGUCUGACAAUGAGUGCGACCAUUGACCACGAGAAACUGGAGACCUUCCUCUCCAUCAAUGUACCUGCAGAGGUGCGAAACUACUAUGCCUAUUCACAGAGCGAAGCUGCAACUCUUGACACCCUGGAAGGUGACAAUGCAAACUUAAUCAGCUACGUCAAAAAAUACAAGGUCAUUCCACCGCCCGCCGCAGAAUUACGUGUCACAUACGCGGUAAACGAAACUGCUGCAGACGCAUUACGAUUGAAAUACAUAUUCCAGAAUAAGUCUGGGGGAUAUUUUGUGGAGUGCGGCGCCUACGAUGGGUUAACCUCGUCCAAAACCAUAUUCCUAGAAAGUAGCUUGAAAUGGUCGGGAGCUUUAAUCGAAGCUGAUCCGCAGAAUUUCCGUCUCGCCCUUGCAAAACAAAGAAAUGCAGCUCUAUUGCCAACGUGUUUGAGUCUCACGACAAAGCCGAAAUUGUCGGCAUUCAAAGCCGGGCUGGGCGAAGCCUCGAAAGUCGACGCGAGCAACAAUGAGACGUUCAAAGUGCAUUGCAUGCCUUUGCAAACCAUCAUCCUCGCUUUAAACCAAAAAACGGUUGACUUUUUAAGACUCAGCAUCGGAGGCAGUGAAGCCGAGGUCCUCAAAUCAAUUCCAUUCGACAAAGUUGACAUAAAGGUUCUGCUGGUCAAUUAUCAGUAUGUCCAAGGAGGGAAAAAGACAGUUGAGGAUAUUCUGGUAGGAAAGGGAUAUGUAAGUUUCCCAAGCACUGCACCUGAGCAGGAAAAAGGUCAGUGGGCGGAAAACAAUCAGAUCUUUGUCAAAAAGGGCAGCGGAUACAAAGAGGCAUAAAAAAUGAAUGUUUGUGAUUGAAAUGUGAAUUAGGUUGUUUCAUUAUUGGACAUUAUUUUGUUUUUUAACUAUUGUGUCAUUUUAAUAAUAAUAAAAAAAAUCAAAUCAACUUGAUAUUUACCAUUAAUUUUGAGAGUGGCCUGGUCGUCCUUUGGCGUCCACUGCAGAUUGACGAUGUAGAGGAGAGGCCUUUUCUUGACAGGCAUGUCCAAGCACCACAACCACGGAUACUUCUUCAACACUUUUAAGCUCGAGCCGAGGCAAAGAAUGACGUCGGCCGUUCUGGCAGCAUUGGUGGUCGCGUGCCAGUUGAGGGGCCAUUGCAGAGAGCCUCUUUCACCAAAGUGGACGAUCGUGUCUUGAAGGGGCUCCCCGCACAUGUGGCAGAGUCGACCGGUCUUGUGGUUGAACCGGGCCGUCCGCUCCGUAACGUCAAACAGCCUGAGGUAUUCCCGAGGGGGCUUGCAGGAUCGGCAGACCUGAGGACAUGAAAAAUAUGUAUA